AUGUUGCCAGGUGCCAUGGUCACACUAAAGGUCCGACAGACAGCUACACGACCUCUUCCCAAGUUAAUGCGCGCAAGAGUCAGAAUCAAGAGUCAGGACAAGAGUCAGAACAAGAGUCAGUACAAGAGUCAGAACAAGAGUCAGAACAAGAGUCAGAACAAGAGUCAGGACAAGAGUCAGAACAAGAGUCAGAACAAGAGACAGAACAAGAGUCAGAACAAGAGUCAGAACAAGAGUCAGAACAAGAGUCAGAACAAGAGACAGAACAAGAGACAGAACAAGAGUCAGCACAAGAGUCAGAACAAGAGUCAGAACAAGAGUCAGAACAAGAGACAGAACAAGAGUCAGAACAAGAGUCAGAACAAGAGUCAGAACAAGAGUCAGAACAAGAGUCAGCACAAGAGACAGAACAAGAGUCAGAUCAAGAGUCAGAACAAGAGUCAGAACAAGAGUCAGUACAAGAGUCAGUACAAGAGUCAGAACAAGAGUCAGAACAAGAGUCAGAACAAGAGUCAGUACAAGAGACAGAACAAGAGUCAGAACAAGAGUCAGAACAAGAGUCAGAACAAGAGACAGAACAAGAGUCAGAACAAGAGUCAGAACAAGAGUCAGAACAAGAGUCAGAACAAGAGUCAGAACAAGAGACAGAACAAGAGUCAGAACAAGAGUCAGCACAACAGUCAGAACAAGAGUCAGAACAAGAGUCAAAACAAGAGUCAGAACAAGAGUCAGAACAAGAGUCAGAACAAGAGUCAGAACAAGAGUCAGAACAAGAGACAGAACAAGAGUCAGAACAAGAGUCAGAACAAGAGUCAGAACAAGAGUCAGAACAAGAGUCAGAACAAGAGUCAGAACAAGAGUCAGAACAAGAGUCAGAACAAGAGACAGAACAAGAGUCAGAACAAGAGUCAGAACAAGAGUCAGAACAAGAGUCAGAACAAGAGUCAGAACAAGAGACAGAACAAGAGUCAGAACAAGAGUCAGAACAAGAGUCAGAACAAGAGUCAGAACAAGAGUCAGAACAAGAGUCAGAACAAGAGUCAGAACAAGAGACAGAACAAGAGACAGAACAAGAGUCAGAACAAGAGUCAGAACAAGAGUCAGAACAAGAGUCAGAACAAGAGACAGAACAAGAGUCAGAACAAGAGUCAGCACAACAGUCAGAACAAGAGUCAGAACAAGAGUCAAAACAAGAGUCAGAACAAGAGUCAGAACAAGAGUCAGAACAAGAGUCAGAACAAGAGUCAGAACAAGAGACAGAACAAGAGUCAGAACAAGAGUCAGAACAAGAGACAGAACAAGAGUCAGAACAAGAGUCAGCACAACAGUCAGAACAAGAGUCAGAACAAGAGUCAAAACAAGAGUCAGACCAAGAGUCAGACCAAGAGUCAGACCAAGAGUCAGCACAAGAGUCAGAACAAGAGUCAGAACAAGAGUCAGCACAAGAGUCAGCACAAGCCCAACAGGUGCGGCAGACGGUCGACACUGGAGUACAAGCACCAUACAGGCUUGAGGCCGACCCUAAGAUCUUCACCAUCACUGAGAAGUGACGUCCUCGGCACCGUCCUCGGCACCGUCCUCGGCACCGUCCUCGGCACCGUCCUCACACUUUGUAACAAGUAG